CAUGUAUAGCCAACUAUAAAAUUGUUGUUCAAAGAAUUGGGGUUUGAACCACCUAAUUUCAACAAUGAACCCUAAAUUGAUGAUCAGUUCUGCGGAAAAGAUUGGCAACAACCAAGAUUUGUUAGCCCAAAUACUUCUUAGAUUACCCGCUAAAUCACUGAUCAAAUUCAAGUGUGUCUCAAAACAAUGGCUUUCUCUCAUUUCAAAUCCUCAGUUUUGUCUCUCCCACACUCGCCAUCAAGGUGAUGAAGGGUUUCUCCACGCUACUGCUCUUCUCCUCAAAGUUCAGUACAUAGUAUCACCCGAAUUCGAUGUGGUUCCUUUGAAACAUUUCAGUCAAGUCCCCUUCUUUGAUUACAUUUCUACUUCAGGUCUCAACAUACUUCAAUCUUGUAAUGGAUUGUUUGUUUGUGAGGCACUCGAUGACGAUUUAAAUGUGUCUGGGUAUUUCAUCUGCAAUCCAACUACUAAGCAAUUCAAGAAGCUAUCUUUUCUUCAAAACCCCAUUAAAGAUUGUGAGUUUUAUGUUAGUUUGGCUUUUGAUCCUCUUCAAUCUCCUCAUUACAAGAUUAUUGUUGUUCGAGAAGUGUUGGAAAACUCUUUCAUCUUUGAGCUGGAUAUAUAUGCGUCCGAAUCUGAUAGUUGGAAAAUAGCCACAACUAUUUUCGAAACCAAAGAAGAAGCUUGCAUGGCGUUUGAGGAUGCUGUUUUCUGUAAUGGGAAACUUCAUUGGAACAGUUAUGGAAACCAGUCAUUGUAUUUGGUUGUAGAGAAGGAAUGCUUGCAGAUGAUGCCAAUGCCAACGAAAUUAAGAGGAAACCAUCGGCUUGAGAUUUAUAGGUAUUUUGGUGAGAGCGGUGGGCGUUUACAUCUUGCUGUGACAUACCAUGCUUUCAUUGAUUUGGACUUAUAUGUUCAUCAAAUGGCAAGCGACUAUUCACAUUGGUUCUUGAAACAUCGUCUGAAUGUGGGCGACGCCAUGAAAGUUUUCCCGGAGCUGAACUUGGGGUGUCAUCCAUUUACGUCUGGGUUCUCUGGUGUGAGUUUUGUUGGAUCCGAGAGAAAAGAGGAGGCUAAAGUUGUGAUAUGGGCAGAUGGUAAGAUAAUAUGCUAUGAUUUCAAUGAUGGGGCAUGGAAAAUGAUGCAUGAUCCAGGGCCUGGUCUCAAGAUUGGCACUCCAUUUGAGGGUUUCAAUCAUUUACAUGAACAAAGGUUUAUUCCUUACAAAUACUUUGAGUCCGUGUAUGUAUUUUAGGAUAUGUAACUUCUACGACCAGUCCAACACCAGUAGUCGAGGGUGAUAUAUAUAUAUAUGGGUAUGAUGAUGCAUCAUUCAUGUUUUGAUGUAUACGUAUGUAUGUAGGUAAUAUAGUAAAGUGAUUUUGUUAGAAACAAUAUACAGUAAGAGAUGUUAUUUUGUCAUAAAUAUAUUGUAAAAAUGAGAUGAAGUUUAUAUUUGA